AGAGCGGGCGAGUGGACCGAGGCACAAUCCGCCUGACCGAGAAGAGCCAAGCUGUUGAACCAAGCUGUUGCUGAAAGAGCAUGAGCUUUCGUGAGAAGCAUAACAGAGAAAUGAGAUGGAAUAAUUAUACAAAUGUUAUUCUAUAAUGAUUGAUGUUCUUUUUUUUUCUUUAUUUUUCUCUGCGCUAUUGAUACUAUUGACACUUGUUUCCACAUAUCUUGUCCGUUCAUCAACAUCUCGUCUUUAUUAUCCUCCUCGGCCCAAGGGAAGCCUUCUAUCACUUGACAAUCCGUGGCGUCUGAAUCACAUGCUUCAAAAGUACAUUGGGUAUAAUAUGUGUCAAUUUUCGAUAUUCAGCUAUUCAGAAAUGCUACCAAUCAAUUUAGGUUUCUCUUGGACAUUGCGCCAACUCUUUGUUUAAAAAUGCACCUGUGACUUGAUCCAGAUUCGUUCCAUCGUUUCUCGUAUACAUUACACAUGUUGUCGCCGACGUGUAUCCCAUAGCAUUUGCAC